AGAAGCACUCAGCUCAUAGAGCAUAAAGGUCAAAUAACAUUUCGUGUGAAUAAAGCAAGAGAGUUUAAUAAUUUUCGUUUAUUGCAAAGUUUCAAUUUUUAGUAUCUGUGAUCUCUCUAUUUAUAUAUCUUCAUUUUAAUCGGUAUCUCACUAUUAACUAUUGAAUACUUUUCACAUACAGAUACAUAUACAUCAUGGGUUCUUGUUUCUCAAGCUCAAGGUGUGAUGUGUUUAUCAGUUUCAGAGGUGAGGACACUCGAAAUGGUUUUACUAGUCAUCUUUACCAUGCUUUAAGAGCAAAGAAAAUCAGUACCUACAUGGAUGAUAAAUUGAAGAAAGGAAAUGAAAUUUCGCCAACACUAAAGAAAGCCAUCAAAACAGCAAAGCUUUCUGUAAUUGUUUUCUCUGAAAACUAUGCCUCUUCGUCUUGGUGUUUGGAUGAACUCGUUCAGAUACUCGAGCGCAAGGACAAGAAGAAACAGAUUGUUGUGCCUAUUUUUUAUGGUGUAGAUCCAUCUGAUAUCAGGAAACAAAAAGGGAGUUAUACAAUUACAUCAAAACGCUUUGAGGGUAGAAAACGCAAAGAUCUUGAUAAAUGGAGGAAGGCCUUGAACAAAGCUGCUAGUUUAUCAGGAUGGGACUCACUGAGUAUUAGGCCGGAAUCAAAAUUUGUAGAGGAAAUCGUCAAAGAUGUUAAGAAGAAGUUGAAAGUUCUUGAGGAAGAGGAAGCUGCAAUCAUGGCGACAGCGUCUGUGAUUGCCUCAACCACUUAUGUUGGAGCAUCCGCAUGUUGAGAAUAUGUACAUACCAAUUAUUGUUGUUUUAAAUUUUUAAUUUAUGUAUGUUUUUGUGUGUAAAUACUUUUUGCUCAAGAGCCAAUUGAUAAUAAAAAAGACAACAAUUAUGCUA